AAAAAUUGCAUUCUACCUACAACAGCAAACAGCUAUUUAGCUAUCUUUUGUGUCUUGUUCUUGUGAAAUAUAACGCAAAAUUGUUUCCUGUUUAUUUUAUUUAUUAAAAUUAUCCAAAACAAAGAAAAACUAAAAAAUUAUAAACAAUGGCAAUCUCACCUUUAUCUACAGGAUGUAUGGAGAUGAUUAUGACUGGUGGCGAUUGUGAAAAGCCGGUCCUCCAAAUUUUAGGAACCAAAAAAAUAUCUGGAGGUGACAAUGAACGCUACAGACUUCUUGUAUCCGAUGGCAAAUACUUGAAUAGUUUCGCCAUGUUGGCCACACAAUUAAAUGAUUUGUACAAGGAGGGAAACCUUGUGGAAUAUACAAUUAUUCGCGUUGAUCGCUACAUCACUUCAAUGGUUAACAAAUCGGAUAAAGUUGAUAAGCGAGUGUUGAUCAUUUUAGAACUAACUGUUUUGAAUCAUGGAGCAGAAGUUGGUAAAAAAAUCGGUAAUCCUGUUCAAUUUACUGGUGAAGCAACAAUUGCUAAUAAACCUGCACCAGCGCCUGCUGCUCCACCAAAAUUGGCCAGUGAGUCAACAUACUCAUCGAAAACAACCAAUGGAAACUCAUAUAACUCUUCGUCAAACAACAACUAUAAUAGCACUUCAAUGAAUCAAUCGAUGAAUCCUUCCAUGACUGCUCCCAUAGCUAGUUUAACUCCAUACCAAAAUAAAUGGGUUAUCAAAGCACGUGUUACAUCCAAGUCAGGCAUACGUACUUGGAGUAAUGCUAAAGGAGAAGGCAAACUCUUCAAUAUGGAUCUCCUAGACGAAUCUGGUGAAAUUCGUGCUACAGCAUUCAAAGAGCAAUGCGAUCGGUAUUACGAUAUGAUUGAAGUGGAUAAAGUUUAUUUCUUCUCAAAGUGUCAGCUGAAGCCAGCAAAUAAGCAAUAUUCUUCUCUUAAAAAUGAUUACGAGAUGACUUUUACUGGAGAGACACUAGUUCAGCCUUGUGAAGAAGAAGACGAUGGCAUUCCACAAGUUCAAUAUAAUUUAGUGCCAAUUUCACAAAUUGCAAAUAUUGAACCUAAAGCUGCUGUUGACACAAUUGGUAUUUGUCGUGAUGUUGGUGAAUUAAAUACAUUUACUUCAAGGGCAAAUAAGGAAUUCAAAAAACGUGAACUAACUCUUGUUGAUAUAAGUAAUGCUGCGGUACAACUCACACUUUGGGGUGAUGAUGCAGAAAAAUUCGAAACUGGAUCACAGCACGUUAUUUUAGUUAAAGGAGCGCGUGUGUCCGAGUUUGGCGGUGGCAAAAGUUUAAGCAUGGGUGCCGGUUCUGUUAUGAAAAUAAAUCCAGACAUACCAGAAGGUCACAGACUUCGAGGAUGGUUUGAUAAUGGCGGUGGCGCUAACAUAUCUACAAGCGUUUCAACCAGAACUGGUGGUGGAUCUUACAACGCCGAUUGGGUAUCAUUUUAUGAAGCACGUGCUAAGAAUUUGGGUUCUGGUGAGAAACCAGAUUACUUCCAAUGCAAAGCUGUUGUUAGGCUAAUUCGAAGCACAAAUUCUACCUACAAAGCAUGUCCACAACCGGAAUGUAAUAAAAAAGUCAUUGAUGAAAAUAAUGGUCAUUAUCGCUGUGAAAAGUGUAAUGCUAUGUUCCCCGAUUUUAAGUAUCGCCUAUUGAUUAAUAUGGAAGUCGGUGAUUGGACCUCAAGCCGUUGGGUAACAUGUUUCAGUGAUUUGGGUGAACAAUUGCUGGGAAAGACAUCAAAGGAAAUUGGCGAAGCCCUUGAAAAUGAUCCACAGGAAGCUGAGCAAAUAUUUUCAUCAAUCAAUUUUCAUGAAUUUGUUUUUAGACUUAGAUCCAAAGUUGAAACAUAUGGUGAUACACCAAGGAAUAAAUUAACUGUAAUGGCUGCAUCUCCAAUUAAUCACAAAGAGUACAACAAAUAUUUAAUCAACAGCUUGAAAGAAUUAACUGGAAUUGGCAAAAAUGAUUGAAUUUCUUCUUAUUUAUAUUUCUUUGUUUCUUUAUGUUAUGUUUAUUAUUAUACUUUAUAAAAUAUUCCAGUGAAUACAAAUUUAUAAUGCAUAUUAAA